ACAAAUCUGUCACAGUGACAGUGUCAUCAGAAAUCUGAUUUGAUUUUUCAAUUUUUCUUUAUUUACAAAUUUUAUCUCGAUUUCGAAUAUUCAUCCUCCCAAAAAUAACUAAAAGAUAAAUAAAAUAAAAAUAUGUUGAAACCAAAAGCACUUACUCAAGUUCUAAGCCAAGCCAAUACCGGUGGAGUGGAAAACACUUUACUCCUCAGUCAAGAAGGUGCUUUGUUAGCAUAUUCUGGAUACGGGGACCGCGAUGCAAGAGUUACAGCCGCAAUAGCCAGCAAUAUAUGGGCAGCGUAUGAAAAACACGGACGCAACGCCUUUAGAGAAGAUCAUUUGACCUUUGUUUUGUUGGACUGUGAGAGUGGUCAUGUUGCUAUAACUCAAGUUGCCAGUAUCUUGCUUUGCUUGUAUGCCAAGGACAGCGUCGGGUUGGGGCUAUUGAAACAAAAAGCCAUGGCUUUGGCUUCUUACCUUGAGGGACCGCUGAAACAAAUAGCAACUUCUUGAUUGUUUUAGAAUCUUUAUCAUUUUUUUGUUAAAUAAUUUUCUUUUUUCAUAAUAAUAUUGAUAGCAUGUACAGACUGAUUCUUCCCCUUGUGGUAAAGUCGUAUUUGUGACUUCUUUGUGAAGAUUGUUGUGAUCUGCUUUAUAGAUCACGACAUUCAUUAUUCUAGACUGUCACAAGUUGUGACAUUGGAGGAGGAAGAUCAGAAUGAUAAUUAAAAUAAACAACAGCUUAUAAGUGUAA